GACCUGGUGACUGGAGUGUGGAUAAAUGGCGCAUUGAUUCUUUUCAGAAGGGAGGCGUAUUCACAAUGAGUAAUAAUAGCACAACUAGUUGUUGCAAGUUAAUCUCCGCCCUUUAGACGCAUUAGAACCGCUGACUGUACAAGCAACAGGUCAGAUGCAAUUAUAAGUCAGGAUCAUAAACUGCGGAGCGGACGCUGUUAUUCUCUAUGUCAUAAGUAUUUAGUGUCAUUAUCUAGUUGCGUGGAAACCGCGUGAACCUGGCGAUUGCCCGCGCCCCGUGGCUUCUUUUUAAUGUUCACACGAGCGUUGUUGUCAUCGCCUGUCCGUUCGUCGCCGUCUUUCCGACGGCACGCGAAGGCAUCGGCAGGAGCUCAUCUGUUGGACGGGGGAAACUAAUCAGGAGCCAAGGAAAGACUUUUCAGUAGCGCUAGCCGCUGUGCUAGCGAGCUUUUAAAGUUAGCCGUCGAGAAAAAGGAAAGAAACGCAGACUUUGUGAGUGAUGUACAACACGGCCGCUUGGCGAUAAGCGACACUUGGGCGAUGUUUUAGAAACUACACGGGCGCCCUGCGGCCAGCUGGGGCUCGCGGCUAGCUCAUUAACGUUAGCGGGGACCGAUAAAAAUGGAGCUGGACGACGUAGUCCUGUAUCAGGACGACUCCGCCGACUCGACCAUGAUGUCCGAGCGCGUGUCGGGCCUGGCCAGCUCGAUAUACCGCGAGUUCGAGCGGCUCAUCGAGAAGUACGACGAGGACGUGGUGAAGGAGCUAAUGCCGCUGGUCGUCGCCGUGCUGGAGAACUUGGACUCGGUGUUCGCUGUCAACCAGGAGCACGAAGUGGAGCUGGAGCUGCUGAAGGAGGACAACGAGCAGCUGGUCACGCAGUACGAGCGCGAGAAGGCGCUGAGGAAGCACGCGGAGGAGAGAUACAUCGUCUUUGAAGACUCCCAGGAGGGAGAGAAGAAGGAUCUUCAGUGUCGAGUGGUGACACUGGAGUCUCACACUCGCCAGCUAGAGCUAAAAACUAAGAACUAUGCAGAUCAGAUCAGCAGGUUGGAGGAGAGAGAAGCCGAACUCAAGAAAGACUACAAUGCACUUCAUCAAAGACACACUGAGAUGAUCCACAGCUACAUGGAGCAUCUGGAGCGAAGUAAACACCAGCACACAGCAAUGACAGCGGAUCCCUCAGAUAUGGGCACUGGCACCAGAACACGGAAGGAGCGCCCCAUCUCCAUGGGCUUAUUCCAGCUUCCUUGCACUGAUAAUAUGACCCCUGACCUACAGAGGGAACCUGUGGACACCAUUACGGAACCAUGGAGGCUGAACAACCUCAGCCAUCCGCGCUCCAACACCAGCCUCAAGCGUCAGGAACAUUUCUCCUCUGUAGAAGUGGAAGCCGAAAGCUCAUCGGAUGAAUUGUCCAAUGCAAAUCACAGCGGCCCCAAGUCCAGUACACCAACCCACCAAGGAAGUGUCUCCAAAAGUGCAGUUCCAGCAUCUUUGCAUAGCGGCGGGUCCACAUUGAACACCCCCAUGUCCCCUCAGGGUGGAACCUAUAAGUCAAGUUCCCCCACAUCUACACACAGCAGUAACACUCAGUUCAUGACACCUCUGUCUUCUCCUCAUGCUGGAGCAUCCACCAGUUCUGUGUCUAGUCUGGGUGCACAAUCUCCUGCCUCAGAUGUUACCAUGGAGUCUGUGGACACAUCCAGCAGAACGCAGGAAGCUUCAGACAGGCUCAACAAGAACCUGGACUACAACGGUGGGAAACCAGAGAGUAGCAAGAACAUCACAGCGAUGCAAGAAGGACAGCAGGGUCAACCUGGAGGUGAUGGUCAGGAUGCAGCUUCUACGCCUCUCUGUGAUGGUGAAAAUGGUGCUGAAAACCUGGUGAAGUCUGAGAUGCAGGCAAUCAUAGAGUCUACUCCUGAACUGGACAUGGAUCUUAAUGGCUUCAGAGGAACAAGCACACCCACUAAAGGCGGCAUAGAGAAUCUCGCAUUCGACCGUAACACUGAGUCUUUGUUUGAGGAGCUGUCUUCUGCGGGUAACGACUUGAUAGGGGACGUGGACGAGGGAGCCGAUCUGCUGGGUAUGGGUCGGGAAGUAGAACAUCUUAUCCAGGAGAAUACCCAGCUGCUUGAGACCAAAAAUGCUUUGAAUGUGGUGAAGAAUGACCUGAUCGCUCACGUGGAUGAGUUGUCCUGUGAGAAGGAGGUUCUGCAAGGGGAGCUGGACGCAGUCACUCAAGUCAAGACCAAACUGGAGGAGAAAAACAAAGAACUAGAAGAAGAACUCAAAAAAGUUCGUGCAGAGCUGGAAGAAACCAAACAGAAGGUCAAGAAUGACAACGAGGAUGAUAGUGACGUGCCUACUGCACAAAGGAAACGUUUCACCAGGGUGGAGAUGGCCAGAGUCCUGAUGGAGAGGAACCAGUACAAGGAGAGGCUGAUGGAGCUGCAGGAAGCUGUCAGAUGGACAGAGAUGAUCCGGGCUUCAAAGGAGAAUCCAGUUCUUCCAGAGAAGAAGAAAUCCAGCCUCUGGCAGUUUUUCAGCCGUUUAUUCAGCUCGUCGGGCGGCGCGGCCAAAAAGCCGGCGGCGGAGGCCCCGGUCAACGUCAAGUACAACGCGCCCACCUCGCAGGUUCAGCCGUCGGUCAAGAAGAGGAGCAGCGCCCUGCAGCAGCUGCCCAGCGACAAGAGCAAAGCCUUUGAUUUCCUCAAUGAGGAAGUGGCAACUGAUAAUGUUGUGACCCGGCGAGAACAGAAGAGGGCCCAGUACCAGCAGGUCAAAGCCCAUGUCCAGAAAGAGGACAGCAGGGUCCAGGCUUACGGCUGGAGCCUGCCCAAGAAGUACAAAGCAAAUGGGGGUGAGACAGAGAGCAAGAUGAAGAAUCUCCCCGUCCCUGUUUUCCUCAGACCACUGGAUGAGAAAGAUCCUUCAGUGAAGCUGUGGUGUGCUGCUGGUGUGAACCUCUCUGGAGGGAAGACCAGAGAUGGAGGCUCAAUCGUAGGAGCCAGUGUGUUCUACAGUGAUGUGUCUGGACCAGAGAAGAAAAAAGGCUCUCAGAGCAGCCUGGACAAACUGGAUGAGGAGCUCAAGGAGCAGCAGCAAGAGUUGCAGCAUCAGGACGAGUGUUCGUCACUGGUGUGGAUUUGUACCAGCACACAGUCGACCACUAAAGCUGUUGUCAUUGAUGCCAAUCAGCCUGGAAACAUCCUGGAGAGUUUUUUGGUCUGCAACUCCCACGUCCUGUGCAUUGCUAGUGUACCAGGUGCAAGAGAGACCGACUACCCAGCAGGGGAGGAAGUGCCUCAGCACGCUGAAUCAGGACCAGCAGGGAAAGUCAUCCCGUCUGGGACCCGUAGCAGCUCAGCAGAGGGCGACAGCGUCCUUGAUGGCAUCACAGUCGUGGGCUGUACGGCCGAAGGAACGGUAGCUGCUCCUCAAACAGCUGACAGCCCUCGAAAUGACAGACAAAGUGAAUCCAGACCAGCAGAAGAAGCCACUGAGGCUAUGGAGGUCAGCGCGGGGCUUGUUGACCAAAGAGGAACCCUGAGGGGGGUCUACACGGAGCACGUCUUCACUGAUCCACUGGGAGCUCAGCAGACAGCAGAGACUCCAGCCAACUACUCCCAGAGGGAGAGCGAUCUGCUGAAAGACGGCGUGAGCUCAAACCCCAACUCUGAGGAGCAGGACCUGAUGAGAGAAGAGGCUCAGAAGAUGAGCAGCGUUCUGCCAACCAUGUGGAUGGGCGCACAGAACGGGUGCAUAUACGUCCAUUCCUCUGUGGCCCAGUGGAAGAAGUGUCUCCAUUCCAUAAAGCUGAAGGACUCCGUGCUCGGCAUCGUACACGUCAAAGGACGCGUGCUGGUCGGUCUCUCUGAUGGCACUUUGGCCAUUUUCCAUAGAGGCGUAGACGGCCAGUGGGAUCUGACCAACUACCAUCUGUUAGACUUGGGGAGGCCCCACCACUCCAUCCGCUGCAUGACCGUGGUACACGACAAGGUGUGGUGCGGCUACAGGAACAAGAUAUAUGUGGUGCAACCCAAAGCCAUGAAGAUAGAGAAGUCCUUCGACGCCCACCCUCGCAAGGACAGUCAGGUGCGUCUUCUGGCCUGGAACGGCGACGGGAUCUGGGUGUCUAUAAGGCUAGACUCCACCCUCAGGCUGUUCCAUGCUCACACCUACCAGCACCUCCAGGACGUCGACAUCGAGCCCUACGUGAGCAAAAUGCUCGGAACAGGAAAACUGGGCUUCUCGUUUGUGAGGAUCACGUCUCUGAUGGUUUCAUGCAGUCGCCUGUGGAUCGGCACCGGCAACGGGGUCAUCAUCUCCAUUCCUCUGGCAGAGGCAGCCAAUAAGGUCACCAAGGCCGCGGGGAACCACCCGGGGAGCGUGGUCCGCGUCUACGGCGACGACAGCGGCGACAGAGUGACGGCUGGGACCUUUGUUCCGUACUGCUCCAUGGCUCACGCCCAGCUCUGCUUCCACGGCCACAGAGAUGCUGUCAAGUUCUUCACCGCUGUUCCAGGCCAUGCAGUUCCAUCUGUGUCCUGUGGAGGAGAGGCAGCGGGAGACAAAGCAACAGAUGCCUCAGCUCAGGAAGGAACCAAGUCGAUGCUGGUGAUGAGUGGGGGAGAAGGCUAUAUCGACUUCAGGAUGGGUGAUGAGGAAGGCGAGAAAGAGGAAGGGGAGGACCCCCCGCUGAACCUGGAGCCCUUCCUGGCUAAAGCGGAGCGCAGCCACCUCAUCGUGUGGCAGGUCGUGGCCGGCGAGGACUGAGCUCCAGAUUUGCCUUCUCUUUCAAAGCCGCGGCUGUGGGGGCAGAGCUCCGUUGGACGGCUCUGCUUCGCCGUCGCCAGUUUAAUCAGCACUUUGUUUUUGUUUUUUCCCUCCCCUCAGCUCGAACAGUACGAGUGAAACGGAAACUGCUCAGAGUCUCUUUCUCUGGGAAACUGAACUGGAACAGCGCAGACAGAUCGACGCCGACUGCAUGUUAAUGUUUUAUCACUCGUUUUCGUUUGUCUUUGUUUCAUGGAUUAGAAUCUGAAUGUGU